AUGACGGGACACGGCACUGAGUGCCACAAUCUGGUGGAUAAUGGCCCCAUCCCGCGCCUGCUCCUGUCCCUGGAGAACUACAGUGGGCAACACACGACCAAGGUGUUCAGAGCCGAGGGCAGGGACACGACAGCUGCUGCUACAACACACCGGGCGCUUGUGAGCAAAUACCAGGGAGCACCUGGUUUCCGGGGGCUGCGACCGCUGCCCCCCACCCAGCCACCAGGGCAGGCGGCCAACCCGGUUCCUGGAGGCACUCAUGGCCCGCGCCAGGCAGCGGCUCCCGGGACGCGCCGCACGGGCAGCGGUGCUGCCGCGCGACUCUCGCGAGAGAGCGGCCCGCCUCGCCUGCACCCCCGCACAUCCUCGGGCCUCUCGCGAGAGCGGGCCCCGCGGGCCGGCAUGGAGGGACUGUUCGCGCUGGAGCUGCUGGUGGAGGCGCUGCGGAUGGCGGAGUCGGGGCCCGCGGAGCUCCCAGAGCCCGCGGAACACCCGGCCGUGGCGCUGCGCCUCUUGGACUUUCCCACCCUCGUUCUGCGCCCCGCCGCUGCCGCGCUGCCUCUGCGGCCGGGGCAGCUCUUCCCCUUCGGGCGCGGCAAGCGCUGCUUGUUCCGCUGGCGCCCGGACACGCUUUUCGCCGCGCUCCGCCGCCGCCCGCUCCGCGCCCUGCUCCUGGCGCUGCCCGCCGGGCUCGCCUCGGGACCCCCCCGCCUCCUCGGCAGCUGCGCCGUGUCCCUGGCCCCCGCCGCCGAGCUGCUGCAGCGGCCCGGGGCGCCCUCCUCCUGCGGUCGCCGCGGCCGCUUCGCUCUGCGGGACACCGCGGGCCGCCCCGUCGGGGAGCUGGUCCUGAGCUACCGCCUCAGCAGCCUGCGGGCCGGUGAGGCGAGUCCCCCCAGCCCCCGCGCUGCCACACCGCCUGCCAGCACCCCUGAACCGCGAGACGACGAGGAGGAGGAGAAGGAAGAGGAGGAGGAGGAAGAGGAGGACAGCGAGCAGCUGGAAGGCAAUGUGUUUUGCCCUCCGCUGCUCUACUACAGCCGUGAGCCGGCUGAGCCUCAGCGGAAGCCAGCAACAGUGGGGCAGUGGGAGCAUGUCGAGCCCCAGAGACCGCAGCAGAAGGACAAGGGCCACAGCCCACCACGUCCCAGUGCUGGGCCCUCGCUGCUGCACCCCGCCAGCCAGGGACAGCUCCACAACACCCUGGUGCAGCUGCCGCUACUCAGUGCCUUGCUGGCGGAGCUGUCGGUGCUCACACGCAGCGCUGUUCCUGCUGCUGUCCACCCCCAUCUUGCCUGGCCCUACCAAGCCCCGGAGAGUGGGGAUGCGGCCUCACGGUCCCCAAGUCGUUCCACUGCCGUCAAGCCUGCAGAGACACUUGUGGAGCCUGGCAGGAGCAGUGAAGUCACGAGCCCUCAGUUUAAACAGGGCUGUCAUAAGGCCAUCUCCCCAGGGUCUUCGGGGGUUGGGGGCAGACCCAAGAAAGCUGUGCCCCAGGGACAGCCAGCCUGUGAAAAGAACUGCAAAGUUAAGGAGAACAGACCUCCCAGAAAGAAAUUGUUGUAUGGGCUGACAAAUACACUGAGGCUACGACUGCAGCAGACCAACCCGGAUAAGCUGAUAAUUCAUGAAAGGAGGGAGCAGUACAGAAAAAAGCAAAUUGAGAUGCUGAGAGAGAGAAGCCCCUUAUCCAAGAGAAAGCUGGUCAGAAAUACUGAAGAACAGCAUGUGGUGUCUUGCAGACAUUGUAGCACGGGAGGCAGAUCAAAGCGGAAUAAUCAGUUGGAUAAAACUGUUCAGACUUCAUUAGAAAACAGUGCUCUCUCUGAGCCAAUUUCUGUUGCAGGAGAUGUGUCCCCUGGCCUGCAGAAACAAUCUAUUGAAAGUCUAUCCGGGAACAAUUCGACUGCAAGCGAGGAACAUCCUUACAAAAUAACUACAGCCCCCUUACCAGAGGAAAUUGUGUUAAAAUCUGCUCAUCAGGAAAAGUUUGCAAAAGCUCAAGUCCCAGCAGCAUUCCCAUCAGAUGCUAAUGCAAAAGGAAGUUACAAUGAUGCAAUACAGUUAAUCCAUCGUAAAACCAUGGAGCCUGAUGAUGUGUCUGUUGUAAGUGGUCAUAAACUAAGCCCCAGCAGGAGUGUUGAAAACAACUCUGAAUUCAUAUACUCUGAUGACUUCAUUGCUAGUCCGGAGAACACAGUUUAUUCAGAAGAUUUCACCAGUGCUGAGUGUACAGGCAGAGACUCAAAACUUCAUGACAGCAGUCCUGAACCUCUGUGGCUUGAAAGACCAAAGCAAGAUAGGUCAGAUACAGAGCCAGAAUCCAGCAGGUCCAGAAUUUCAAAGACAAGUCAAAGAGCUCAAAGUACUUCAGAUCUUGUGCCAGUUCCUUCAGCUUCAUCUCCAGUCCAGUCUUUGAGGAGAAACGGUGACUUUAAAACCAGCACAGGAACUAGUGCUGAAUCUGCUGAUUCACUUAACCUUGCUGAGAUGGAGGCAUCAUUAUUAGAUGAAGAGCAGAAAGCCCGAGAGAUGAGUAAGGAAGAGAACAGGGGUGAUCAACAUAUUAAAGAAAUUUCUACACUGAGAAGCAAACAAGUUAAAUCUGAUACUGAUCUGAAUAUAGGAAAGGGGCAGACCUCUACAGGACAAAAACAGUCAGUAACUCAAGUUAGCUCUUUCUUGCCAUCUAACAUGUCUGAUCUUGAACUUAGUGUCCUGGAAAACAGCAUGUCAGACAAAGAAGAUGAUUUUCUGGAAAAACUACAUGGUCCUAAUGAGUACAAAGACAUCAGUGAACUUGUAAUAAAAAAGCUCCCAGGAUAUACAAUGUAAUUAUAAGUUUUAACUGUCAGGAUUAAGAUACAAUAUUUAAA